AUGUUCAUCUUUAUCAAGCAUGGAGACAAUCAGCAGUUUCUGGCCAAUACUAAUUGUUCUGUCUUCUGGUUGCUGCAUUAUGCCCGCUAUAAAGUGGGGUUGCCUAAAACAGACACCAUCGAUUUGUGUGAUGAAACGGGGACAAUGAAGUUGUUUUUCCUGAUGAAGACCCCUGGAGACUAUGCCAACAAAUUCCUUACAGCUCGAAGCACCUGCUACGUUUGUAGGGUGGAGCGUGGGGCACCAGGAACCCGCCUUGGGAGUGCCUACCGAGCUCUUGUGCCCCUCCUGAAGAACCCAGAACCCGAGCUAAUUGAUGCCUUGCGUACACAAUGUGACAGCUUGGAGAGGAGUCAAGUGAAAAGGCUUAGAAGCCAAGAAGCCAAGAAAGUCGUCUCAAUUGAAUCCCUUGUGAAACGUCCAUCCAAGUCAUCAGGAUGA